AUGGCAAUCAAGGGCCAAGCGUUGGCAGACUUCCUGGCUGAGUUCUCCCAUCGACGAACGACAGACACCGACGAAGAAGUUAAUGAAAUAAGGUGGAAGCUUUACGUGGACGGAGCGUCGAACGAAACCGGAUCAGGAGCCGACGUCAUGCUAAUAAGCCCAGAUGGCCACAAAAUCACCUCGGCGGUACGAUUCAUAUUCAAAGCGUCGAACAAUGAAGCGGAAUAUGAGGCGCUGAUCGCAGGAGUACAGUUAACAAAUCAUCUAAAAAUUGAGAAACUUAAAAUUUUUAGUGACUCACAAUUAGUGGUCGGGCAGGUGACGGAGGAGUAUCAGGCGCGAGGAGAAAAAAUGGGGGCCUAUCUAAGGAAGUUAAAGGAAGAGCUCACCAAAUUCAAAAGCUAUGAGAUACGACAAGUGCCGAGAGCCGAGAAUACAAAUACCGACGCCCUAGCUAAGCUAGCAUCAUCAAAGGAUUCGGACCUGCUAGGGGUCAUCCCCAUAAAAGAAUUGGAACGGCCGACCAUUGACGAGGCAGCAGAAGUCCUGACUAUCCAGACAACCGAAGAUUGGAUGACACCCCUCAUCCGGUACCUGAUGGAUGCAGAGCUGCCCAGUGACAGAGACGAAGCCAGAAGGAUCAAGUAUAGAGCUGCCAGAUACCUAUUGUAUGACGGUCUGCUAUACAGACGAGGCUUCUCAAUGCCCCUGCAGCGGUGCCUAAAUGAUCAUGAGGCGCAGGAAGUCCUCAGGGAGAUCUAUGAAGGAGUGUGUGGUAACCAUACUAGGGGACAAUCUCUAGCUCUUAAGGUUUUAAGGCAGGGGUUUGCCAUCGUCGCUGUGGACUACUACACCAAAUGGGCCGAGGCGAAAGCUCUCACUACAACCACCAAGGCAGCCUGCACCAACUUCAUAUGGAAUAAUAUUGUAUGCAAGUUCAGAGUUCCACACUCAAUCGUGUCCGAUAAUGGGAAGCAGUUCGACAACGCCUCAACGCGCAAGUUUUGUGAUGAUUUUGGCAUACGAAAGGAUUUCUCAGUCCCGAUACACCCGCAGUCCAAUGGCCAAGUGGAGGCCAUCAACAAGAUCCUAAAGUACACCCUGAAGAAGAAGCUCGAUGACUUAAAAGGAAAAUGGGCGGAAGAGCUUCCCAAAGUCUUGUGGGCAUACAGAACGACGAGUCAAACUACCACGGGUGAAACACCCUUCUCUAUGGCAUACGGGAUCGAUGUUGUUCUCCCUGUGAAGAUUGAGACGCCGACUCUAAGAACGGUCGUGUAUAACGCCGACUUAAAUAUCGAGGCCAUGGACGGAGAGCUCGACCUACUGAAAGAAAAAAGGCUCGACUCCUAA